AUGGCGUCCGAGCUGCGCGCUCUCGCCGCGGUCUCGGCCGCCAGCGCCGCGGCCAUGGCCUACGCGCGCUUCGCCACCUCUCGCCUGGCCCCGGGCCUCCCCCGCCUCGGCGCCGUCCUCCCGGUGCUCGCGCUCCUCCCCGUCCUCCCCUUCGCCUUCUCCUCCAUCCACCUCCGCACCAUCUCCGCCUUCUUCCUCGUCUGGCUCUGCGCCUUCAAGCUCCUGCUCCUCGCCGCGGGGCACGGGCCUCUCCACCCGGCGCUCCCGCUCGUCCGCUUCGUCGCCUGCGCCACGCUGCCCAUCAAGGUCAUAGACGAGAAGAAGAAGCCCUCGUCCUCCCGGUGCUUCGCUCCGGGGUUCGUGCUGUCCUACGCGGCCAAGGCGGGCGUCUUCGCGGCGCUCGUCUCGCUGAGGUGCUACAGGGAGGCGAUGCCGGCGUACGCCGUGGUGGCGUUCGACGGCGCUCACGUGUACCUGAUGCUGGAGCUGUUCCUCGCAUCCGCCGCGGCGCUCGCGCGCGGGGUGCUCGGCGCGGAGCUGGAGCCGCAGUUCGACCGGCCCUACCUCGCGACGUCGCUCGCGGACUUCUGGGGGCGGCGGUGGAACCUCAUGGUCCCCGCCGUGCUCCGCCCGAGCGUGUACCGCCCCGUGCGCGCCCGCCUCGGCGCCGCGGCGGGCGUGGCCGCGGCGUUCCUCGUGUCGGGGCUCAUGCACGAGGUCCUGUUCUACUACAUCGUACUCGAGCCAGGCACGGGCGAGGUGACCUCGUUCUUCGCCAUCCACGGCGCGUGCGUGGCGGCGGAGCGGUGGUGGUGUGCCCGCGGCGGCCCGCGGCCGCCGCGCGCCGUGGCGACGGCGCUGACGAUGGCGUUCGUGACGGGCACCGGGUCGUGGCUCUUCUUCGCGCCCGUGACGCGGAGCGGGCUGGACAAGGCCAUCGUCGCGGAGUGCGAGGGAGCCGUGGCGUUCCUGGAACAGGCCGCCUGGAAGUGCGGCCGCGCGUUUGGUUCCGUCGUGAAGCUCCGCUCGUCAACCAUGUCCAUGUAAUCAGGGGCUCACUUAUCGUUAUUCCCUCUAAAACAGGGCGCCGGUGGAGAAAUCGUACGAAUUUCAAUUCAAAUUUUUUGAGAAAAGUUGUUGUA